AAUAUAUGAGCAGCUGUCGCUGUCUUGCAUACACAAAUCCAUCGCGCAGAUAGAGCUAGUUGAUGGGAAGCACCAACGCCGGCGAGGAAAUGUGCAUGGAGAGCGGCAGGGCAGCGAGUAGGCGUGGGAGCAAGAAGGCGGCGGAGCAGAAGGCGAACAAGCCGCCGCAGCGCGGGCUGGGCGUGGCGCAGCUGGAGAAGAUCCGCCUCCACAACCAGAUGAUGGCCGCCUGCCGUUCCGGCCAGCCGCACGCGCCGCACCAGGAUGUCAGAUUGCAGGUGCCAUUCGCCGCUCCAAAAGUUGCUCCGGUGGCCGGUGCGCCGUCGUCGUUCCAGCCAUAUCUCACGGUACGUCCCCUGCGACACUGAGGAACGCCGGCCGCCACAUUGCUUGCUUGCUUGCUUUCACUACCCGCAUCUGAUCGGACAUUUUCACUGUGAUUUCAGGACUGCAGCCUUGCGUCGACGGACCGGGGGAUCAUCGGCGUGCAGUACUACGACAACCUGCUGCCGUACAGCUCGAGCCCGCCGCCGCCGCCGCUGUUCCCGCACGACGUGAGGGAUUCGCCGGGCCAGAGGCUGGGGC